AUGACCUCAUCCGCAUCCGCAUCAGCAUCCGCAUCGGCAUCGGCAACGUCUCGAACGUCCAAGGCGGUAGUUUCGCCGAUUCCUCCGCCUGCGGCGACGGUGAAAUUGAGCGCAUCGGAUGGACCGUUGGUUUGGAUCGACUGCGAGAUGACGGGUCUGUCGGUGGAAAAUGGUGAUCGCCUGCUCGAAAUCGCAUGUAUCAUCACCGAUGGUCAACUCAACCCAAUCGACAGUGGAGUAAGCUACGUCAUCUCUACUCCGCAAUCCGUGCUCGAUGGAAUGAACCAUUGGUGUGUCAACCAACACGCGCUCUCCGGUCUCACCGCAGAAUGCCUGGAUGCCAAUCGCUCCUACCCGCACGCCAGCGUCCGAACUGCCAUCCUGGCUUACGUCCGCGAUAGAAUCCCCACACCCAACACCGCCUGCCUAGCGGGUAACACUGUGCACGCCGACAAAGCCUUCCUCCACGCCGAAAUGCCCGAACUCAUCCAUCACCUCCAUUACAGAAUCGUCGAUGUAUCCAGUAUCAAGGAACUCGUAAAGCGCUGGUAUGGCGACAACAAGCUUUGGAACCCUUCCGAACCUCCCAAACACAUGCCAAAUCAUAGAGCGCUCAACGAUAUCAACGCCAGCAUCCAAGAGUUAAAGUGGUACAGGAGCGAGGUCUUUCAACAGCCCUAA